AUGCCUAACAAGAUCAUACUCGCCAUCAAUGCCGGCUCUUCCUCCGUCAAAGUCUCGGUCUACUCCUACGAAGCCGGCCAAACAUCAGAUCCCAAAGAGCUCGCAGCAAUCCAAGUCUCGGGCCUCACAGCGCCUCUCGCCACCCUCAAAUAUGACCGCGGCGACGAACACAUCAAAGGCCAAGAGCUUUCCGAUGUGAAAGGCCAAGAAGGCGCCUUCGACUACAUAAUCAGGCGCCUCACCUCCGACCCUGGCCUGGACGUCCUAAACCACCCCGAUGACAUCGAGUUCGCCUGCCACCGCGUAGUUCACGGCGGCGACUACGACCGUCCCACCCGCAUAGACCGGGAUACAUACCACCACCUCGAGAAACUCUCUGACCUGGCACCACUCCACAAUGCAGGAGCCCUGACAAUCGUUCGAGCUGUACACAAAAAGUGUCCCAAAGCCUCAAACGUCGCAUUCUUCGACUCCGCUUUCCACGCCACGAUCCCGAAAGCUGCCAGAACCUACGCCAUCAACCAAGACAUCGCCGAGCGUAACAAGCUCCGCAAAUAUGGGUUCCACGGUCUCUCCUAUGCUUUCAUCACGCGAAGCGUAGCAUCUCACUUGAACAAAGCCCCCGAACAAACCAACAUCAUCGCUCUACACCUUGGCUCCGGCGCAUCAGCCUGUGUCAUCAAAAAUGGCAAAUCAAUGGACAACUCCAUGGGUCUCACACCCCUAGCUGGCCUCCCCGGAGCAACGCGAUCCGGAGACGUAGACCCCUCUCUAAUCUUCCACUUCACACACGAUGCCGGCAAACUCAGUCCCAGCAGCACAAAGGACAUGAACAUCACCCAAGCGGAAGAAAUCCUCAACAAAAAGUCCGGCUGGCAAGCCAUCACCGGCACCACAGACUUCGGCACAAUCCUCAAGAAAGCCGCCGAAGGCGAUGAGAAAUGCCAGCUCGCCUUUGACAUCCUUGUCGAUCGCUUGUGCGGAUACGUCGGGAGCUACUACGUCAAGCUGGAGGGGAAAGUCGAUGCCGUGGUGUUUGCGGGUGGGAUUGGGGAGAAAGGGGCGCAGUUGAGGAAGGCUGUGAUGGAGAAGGCGAGGUGCUUGGGGUUUGAGCUUGAUGAGGGGAGGAAUGAGAAGCCGGGCGAUGGGGUUGUGGUUGAUGUUGGGAGUAAGGGGAGUAGGCAGAGGGUGUUGGUGUGUCAGACGGAUGAGCAGGUCGAGAUGGCGACGCAGUGUGCAAAGGGGGCGGAUGAGUUGAGGAGGCCGUCGUCGUCGUGA